AUGCGGCUGUCGCGCCCCAACCUCCCACUCGCCGCGCCGCGCGCGUGCGGCGGCGCGAGCGCCGCCCUCGCCAGUGCGGUGAGGCGCCUAGCGAAGCUGAUCGGCAGCGGCGCGCACGAGGGGGCGCAGCUGGAGCAGGCGUGGUCAGACGUGACGGAGCAGACCAAUGCGUCGGCGUCCGCCGCCCUUGGGCAAGACGAGCUGGCGCUGCUGGCUGCACUCAUCCGCGACGGCGUCGGGGGCGCGCAGCCGGUGGUGCUGGUGCACACGCUGAUCUGGCAGAGCGCCCCGCGGCGCGCGCAGGUCGCAACCAGCCCCAAAAUCGUGCUGGCGCUGCUGAAGCGGACCGCCGCGUUCGAAGCCGACGAGGACGCCGCCGCGGUCAGCGCCAUGGCGGUCGGGGACCUGUGCCGCGGCGACGGGGCGACGGGCAGCAGCUUCGCGCCUGAGGUGAUGGCCGCCCAGCUGUCGGAGGACCCCUCAGACAGCGCCCUCGCCAUCCUCUGCCACGUCGUCGCCGCCCGCCAUCCCAACCGCCUGCUGACUGGGUCCGUGCUCUCCGCCGUCUGCGACAUCUCGCGCGGCUGCCCGGGGGCGCGCCCCGAGAUCGCGCGUCAGGAGGGGCUGCUGGAGGGCCUGGCCUGGUGUCUCGACACAGACGGCGGCGUAGAUCGCUGCAACGAUCUGAUCGACCAAGAUCAAGAUCAAGAUCGAGAUCAAAGUCAAGAUCGCCAGAGCCCCGAGGACGAGGCCGAGGAGGACCAGCUGGUUUGGCGCCAAGACGUGCGCGCCGCGGCGGCGUGGGCGGUGGAGGCGCUGGCACGGGAGCCAGGCGUUGCCGCUGCCGCGGCGGCGACGGCGGGCAUUACAGAGGGCCUGCGGCGCGCCGCUGAGGUGGCGGCGCUCGCAAGGUCGGAGGCGCGGGCCGCGUUGGAUCUCUUGGCAGCAGCGGCGGUCGGCGGCAGCGGCGGAGCCCCUGCAAGCGCCAGCGGCGGCGCUGCUCUGCCAGCGGCGGGCGGGGCGGCCGCUGGGGAGGCGGGCGGCAGCGAUGCCGCCGCUCCACCGAAGCUGGUGGCCUGUGCACCAGAGCCGGCGGGCGCUUUGGAAACAGCCGCCAGCAAUUAG